AAGUUGACGAAGAAGAUUGCGCAUGCGCACCGAUGAUUGCGCUCUGUUGCAAGCACGCGCUUCAUGUUUAAAGCUCCGAUAGUAGCUGAAUCUGCGACGUCAGCAAGGCUAUCCAAAUGACUCAACUUGGCAAACUGGUUUGCGGCCAGGAAGUCCCUCUCUGUGUCGUUUCUCUUGAUUCCGACCAGCAGAAGCAGCAGCAUAAUUAGAUGUAUAAAUAUUACAGCACGGGUUUAAGUUGUACAGCCUCGGCUCUCAUGACGUACAGUUUUACACGUGCGAAGCGGUACCUUCGAGAAUUCCGCAUCAAUAUUUGACGGCGGCAGUUAUUCUCGAUACACCGGAACUUUGUUUCGAAGUACUGCUGCUUUGAAAACUCGAGACGCGGAGGCACUCAGUCCCUCGGUUUCAAACUCGACCAACUCUGAUAAGGACAUCAUUUAUUUUAAUCGGAAUACGCAUGGAGAAUGUACAUGUCGAGUUCAACACGCUGUCUCUGGUCUAAAUUAUUACCGAGUUAUCAUAAACUGUACUGAAUAACUUAGUAGAAAUACUUAGAGACCGAAAGAAAUCAGUGUUUACUGUAAUCGAAAGCGCGGCGUCCGGAAGUUCCCUGUUGUUACAGCUCCAGGAGCUCAGGAUUUCAGGAUUAUGUAUUAUUGCUGAAUUAUUCCCAUGGAUUUUUUACUGCAGACAGCGGUUGAGCGCGCGAGCCCCUCACGGCGCAGAGCAGAGGUUCAGCAAGAGUCUGGGUGAAAAUAGAGAUGUUGAAUGUAUCAGUUUGGAGAAAUGAUUAUGGUGAAGAACGUGAGCAAUGGUGAGAACAGCGAUUUGCAACAACACUCGAAGCAGCACUAUCAAAACCUUCAGGCGGUGCAAGAUCAUAUCUCACACACUCUGGAGCCAGCUAGCUCAUCCAUGCAGCUUCCUGGAGAUUUUGGGAAUAUGCACAUGACGGACCACCCACAUCCACCAGUGAUGCCAGUACCACCCAGCCAAUCAGGAUGCAGCAUCGGCAGUGACUCAGCAAGCAGUAGCUUAUCAGAUAUCUACCAUGCCACAGAGAGUGAAGUUGGUGAUAUGGAUCUGUCUGGGCUCCCAGAGGCACCGGUGGAUACAGAUGAUGAAUAUGAGGAAGAUGAAGACAUUGAGCAUGCCUCAGACACACUGCUUGGAAGAGAUGUGGUGAGAGAGUGUCUGGAGAAGGAGCCAGCCAAGCGCAGUGAUAGUGACAUCGAGCUGCUGUUAGAGUUCAUGCAUCAGCUGCCUGCAUUUGCCAACAUGACCAUGUCAGUGAGGAGAGAGCUGUGUACAGUCAUGGUCUUUGAAGUUGUAGAACAGGCUGGCACCAUCAUCCUGCAUGACAAACAGGAGUUGGACCUAUGGUAUGUUAUCCUGAAUGGCACAGUAGAGAUAAGUUAUGGAGACGGCCGAACUGAAAUCCUUUGCAUGGGGAACAGCUUUGGAAUCUCUGCCUCCAUGGUGAAGCAAUGUAUGAAUGGAGAGGUGCGGACAAAAGGGGACGACUGCCAGCUGGUGUGCAUCACCCAGGAAGACUACUGGCACAUCCUCAACCAUGUCGAGAAAAACAUGCACAAGGUAGAGGAAGAAGGUGAGAUUGUCAUGGUUAAAGAGCAUCGUGAGCUAGAUCGCAGUGGCACUUGCAAGGGCCACAUUGUCAUUAAGGGCACUCCAGAAAGGUUGAUUAUGCACUUGGUGGAAGAGCCUUCAGUUGUGGAUCCGACCUACAUUGAAGAUUUCCUCCUCACUUACCGCACUUUCCUUUCCAGCCCCAUGGAAGUGAGCACUAAGCUACUAGAAUGGUUCAAAGUGGAUAAUCUGAGAGAUACGGUAACACGUAUAGUGUUGUUAUGGGUGAACAAUCACUUUAAUGAUUUUGAAGGAAACCCCUCAAUGACACAAUUUCUUGAAGACUUUGCAAAGUUGCUGGAUGAAGAGAAAAUGAAUGGUCAUUUGCGCCUACUGAACAUGGCCUCAGCAGCUAAAGCCAAGUUGCGUCAGGUGGUGCUGCAGAAAGCAAACAGAGACUCACCACUGCCCUUUAGCCUGCUAGGUGGCAGAGAGAGGGGCUUUGGCAUCUUCAUAGACAAUGUGACAGAGGACAGCAAGGCCUUAGAGGCUGGACUCAAAAGAGGAGAUCAGAUAAUAGAGAUUAAUGGCCAAAAUUUCGAAAACAUAUCUUACUCCAAAGCUAUGGACAUUCUAAGGAACAAUACUCACCUUUCUCUCACUGUAAAGACAAAUAUCUUUGUCUUUAAAGAGCUUCAAAACUGCCUGAGGCAUGAUAAGAAGAACGGGGCCUCCCACUUUCCCAAAUUUCAUGAGAAGAAGGGCAACCGCUUCUCCAUUGCUGAGUUGCCAGGUGAUAUGGAACUUCCUACGGACAGCAAGAGUCACAAGAAAAUGAAGGCUCACACAGUGUCAGCUGGAUGCAACAAGAUUCGCAAGAUGCUGGAGAAGACCAGGUUUAGCAUUCUGCCUACUAAACCCUUUAGUGAUGGAAGCAUAGGCCAGUCUCAGGAUGACAGCAUUGUUGGCACAAAACAAUGCAGACACAGUGUAGCCAUCAUGCCCAUCAUGGGCACUCUGUCCUCCAGCAGCCCUGAUUUACUCCAGCCGACAACCAACACGCUCAGCUUUUCAAAUAUGACAGAUGUUCCAGAUCAGGUGAUACGAGUUUUCCGAGCAGACCAACAGAGCUGCUACAUCAUCAUCAGCAAAGACACAAUGGCCAAGGAUGUGGUUUUGCAUGUAGUUAAGGAGUUUGGCCUCAUUGCUGCUCCUGAGACCUAUUCUCUGUGUGAGGUGUCUGUUAGUCCAGAAGGUGUCAUUAAACAGCGUCGUCUACCAGACCAACUUUCCAAAUUGGCGGAUCGUAUCCAGCUCAAUGGGAGGUAUUACCUGAAGAACAACAUGGAAACAGAAACUCUUUGCUCAGAUGAGGGUGCUCAAGAGCUGCUGAGAGAGAGUCAGAUCAGUCUUCUUCAGCUCAGCACUCUGGAAGUGUCUGCCCAGCUGUCCAUGCGUGACUUUGACAUCUUCCGUAACAUUGAGUCUACCGAGUAUGUGGACAGUCUUUUUAAGCUGAACUCCAAUAGUGGACAUUUAAAACAGUUUGAGGAGCUUAUCAACCAGGAGACCUUCUGGGUGGCCACUGAGAUUUUGCAGGAAGCAAGUGCUCUAAAGCGUGUAAAAAAAAUAAAACACUUUAUAAAGAUUGCACUGCAGUGUCGGGAGUGCAAGAACUUUAAUUCCAUGUUUGCCAUCAUCAGUGGGCUAAACCUUGCCCCUGUGGCACGGCUACGAGGGACAUGGGAGAAGCUUCCCAGCAAAUAUGAAAAGCUUUUUCAAGAUCUGCAAGAUAUUUUUGAUCCCUCACGCAACAUGGCCAAAUACCGCAACAUCUUGAGCAGCCAAAGUAUGCAGUUGCCAAUUAUCCCUCUCUUUCCAGUCGUGAAGAAAGAUCUCACUUUCUUGCAUGAAGGUAAUGACACAAACGUGGAUGGCCUAGUAAACUUUGAGAAGCUACGAAUGAUUGCCAAGGAAAUUCGCAAUGUUGUGCGAAUGAGCACCACCAGUAUGGACCCAGCAAUUAUGUUUCAUCAAAGGAAGAAGCGGUGGAAGAGUUUAGGGUCCUUGAGCCAGGGCAGCACUAAUUCAAACCUGCUGGAUGUACAGGCUGGACAUAAGAAGCGUGUUAGGCGCAGCUCAUUGCUAAAUGCCAAGAAGUUGUAUGAAGAUGCACAGAUGGCCCGUAAGGUCAGGCAGUACCUGGCCCAGCUGCAAGUGGAACCAGACGAGGAAAAGUUCCAGAUUAUGUCUCUGCAGUGUGAGCCAGCCUACAGUACCUUAUCUAAAAAUUUGAAUGAAAGGAGGGCCAUCAAAUCUGACUCGUCUCCUGUAUUCACACGAUCAUCUUUGACAUCUGGCAAGUCACAAAACCGUGUUUCCCAGGUUCUACAGGUUCCUCCUGUCAGCCUCAAUCCCCUGCGAAGGAAGAGCAUUGCCAAAGACCUCAUGAUUGCACACUCAAGGAGUUUUAUGCGCCAGGAUGGUGCUACUGAUGUCAGCUUGCCACAGGUGGUGAAGAAAACAUCUGUCUUAGAAGAAGAGUACAGUGAAAAGAAGAACGAGGGUCUCACCUCCCUUCACUACAGUUCAACUGUGUACCCACAGGGUUCCCCAGUAAGUGUGACUGAUCUGCAAGACCUGAACCUUCCAAGCUCACAGCAGUCUCUUCCCAACGAAGUCAUGGUCAAAGUGGAAAACAGAAGCUCUGCAGUAGACAACAACAGUGUCCAUGACAGCUAUGGCAUAGGCAAAUUGUCCAACUUGGAUUCAAGCCACCAAAAGUCUCCUUCACAUUCCAACAUAUUCAUCAACAGCUCAGUAGACUCCAUGCACUCAAGAACAAAAGUCAGAAGUCAAAUGCAGUCACUUCACACUGCCUCAGAAACCUGUAAGCCCUCCACAAGUUUGUCCAUGAUGAGAAACUUGGUGACGCAGGGCUCAAAUUUAACUUCCUCGACCAGCGUAGAGGAGCUAACUUUGCCUGUUUCAGAGGUGGCUGACAGUGGCCGAGGAAGCUGGACAUCAUGGUCCAGCAACUCCCAUGACAAUCUGCAAGUUCAACGCAUUUCAGAUAUGAUAAACCUCCAGCAUCCUCAGAACGCUGACAAUAUAACAGAUGUGGAUAAUCUUCAGACCAUAAACAGACAUUUGAGGGAUGACUCAGAGCUUAGUCAAUCCAGACAGAGCUGGACUUCAUGCAGCUCAGUCGCAGACAAGAAAGAGGGAAACUGUGGCACCAUUAAACAUGGAGAGACAGUCAGUGAGCAACAAAGCACAGAUACUGCAUAUAAAACGGUCACCUCCACCACAGAAAAAGGUCUCAUAGUGUAUUGUGUAACAUCGACAUGCAAAGAUGAUAGAUACAGGGCUCCGCCUCCUACCCCCCUUGGUUAUCAAGGGCUGUCAUUGGGAAACAUGCAGGCACAGGAGGGCGCUGCUCUGCGCCCAUCCUACGUAAAGCCACCCAACUAUAGUGUGGCAUUGCAAAGAUCCAAGAUGUUGGGCGACACAUGGAGAAUAACACCCGGACAUCAAGCCAUUUUCAACAGGCCUGCAAUUGUAGCACCUUAUGCUGUAGCUAAUAGUGAGGAGGAUGAGCAAGUAUCAGCAGUGUGACUCCAGUCAAAAAUGUAUGAAACAAAGUGUGAAGUCCAGCUAAAAUCACUAACCAACACCCCCAGUUUUACCUCGUUAAAUGCUUUCCAAGAUGUGUGUGCUGUUAUAGCAGGGGCAUUGUGCAGUUGUUUAAAUUUUCGUGUUCAGAGAUAAAAUGUGUUUAAUUUAUUUUUAAAAUCUAUUUUUAAGAUUUGAUUCAGGAUUUUUGCAUGAUGGAGGUCUGCAAUGAAACUUAAUAUUUUAGGCUCAUUUACGAUAUAAUUUUAUGUUUAAUUUUGUUCUUACUGUAAAUGCCUCACCUGCAUCAUAAGGUGCAUCAUAAUUUUGGAUAAAUUAUCUUUAUGUCUGUGCUUGAUUUUUCUGGACAUAUCCUUAAUAUUGCCUUACCACUAAUAGCGUCUCAGGCAUUAAUGAACACCAUCUCCUUAUGUAGUUGCUUAAACUGCUUCAUGCACCACUGACUGUAGAUAAGUUUUACAAGUUUAUGAAACUGUAAAUUAUACUGCAUUUAGUGCAUUUUUGCAGUCUGCAGUGAAACUGUAAAAUUCGGAGUGUGUAAAAAUGUUAAGCUUAAGAUAAUUGAUUCUUUGAGUGCAUUUUUGUUCCUUAAUUUUUUUUUUCUGGACAGUUAUUUUUUUUCUGCCAGGUUACCACUCUAUAUUAUUCAUGCAGACAUGUGCUGUGCCCAGGGCAGUAUUGAUGAGACUUAAAAUAUAUUUAUAAUUAUUUUUAUAAAUAUAUUACCGGCAUUGAAUGUGUUUUUUACUUAAUGAAUCAAAUAAUUAAAUGCAGCCCCAUCUAAAACUAUUGUCAAUAUUUUUGUUAUUUUUGCCUUAAACUGAAGAUGAAAGUAAUUAUGAAUAUGACACAGUACAUCAAAUUCAGAUCUACUGUCUCAUAUUCAUAAAUCAAUUCAUCUUUAAUUUUCUGAUACUUGCAUCUUAAAUUACUUAGAAUAUUGCAUCUUUGGUGGCAGACCACCAGACUUUAGGUGAGCAAAGGUAUUGUAUUACAUAGUAUAAAAGUGGAUUACAGUUAGUAACUGUGCUGUACUGUAAGUAUUCUUCAGUAUUCAAUUGCAGAAUGUAAUUAAUAUUUAGUUAAUGCUGAGUUGAUGCUGUUACUACAAGCAAAUUGAUGCUGGGUUGCAGUGCAAUUUUAUUAUUAUGUGUUUUUGUGUAAAAACAAUAAAAAUCAUCUCAUUGUA